GUCUGUGUGCAGAGCUCACUCCUAAGAGAGAGAGCAAAAGUCUGGGCGCUCACGAGACGUUCUCCACGGGAGCAGCCGGGACGGAAGUAGAUGGGCGGGCUUCAUCUUGGCUCUCUUGUGGUUCUGCUGCGGACUGGAGGGGGACUCCUGCUGCUGCUGUUCCUCGCUUUUUACAGGGUGCAGUAAUCCUCCGGAGGAACCAUGACAGGGGGAACAUCAAGAGUGUUGAGGCUGUGCAGUCACCACCUGGCCCUGCUCCGGAGAUCUCCUCAUCAUCUUCUGGUCGCCCGGACAGCCAGGUCCCUCAGUCCAAUCAGGGCGGGGAAGCACAGGGCUCUGUUCUGGAAAACUCUCCUGGGCCUCUCUGUGAGCUUUCCCCUGGCGGCGGGUGCGAAGUACGCCGUGUCAGACCGCAGGCAGAGGAGGAGGAUGAGGAUCGUGAUUGAGGGAUUCGGUCGUUUCUGCAGGUCUCUCUCUGUGGGCAUCUUCAUCUCCGUGGAUUACUGGUGGACCACCAACGUGGCUCUGCGUGGGAUGGACCAGAGCAGCCCAUCUUACUUGUCGGAGAUGUCAGCUUGCCACCAGAGGGCAGCAGACUGCAUGGUGGAGGGAGCCGUGAAGAACGGGGGGCUGUACAUCAAACUGGGCCAGGGGCUCUGCUCCUUCAACCACCUGCUGCCCCCCGAGUACAUCCGCACCCUGCAGGCGCUGGAGGACCGAGCCUUGAACAGGAGGUACAAGGAGGUGGACGCUCUCUUCCUGGAGGACUUCAACAAAACUCCUGAGCAGCUUUUCAAAAGCUUCGACUAUGAGCCCAUGGCGGCGGCCAGCUUGGCUCAGGUCCACAAGGCGGAGCUCUACGACGGCACUCCUGUGGCCGUAAAGGUGCAGUACAUCGACCUCAGGGACAGGUUUGACGGAGACAUCCGCACUUUGGAGAUCCUGCUGGACAUAAUCAAAUUCAUGCACCCCAGCUUCGGGUUCCGGUGGGUCCUCAAGGACCUGAAGGGAACCCUGGCCCAGGAGCUGGACUUUGAGAACGAAGCCAGGAACUCGGAGAGGUGCGCCGAGGAGCUGAAGCACUUCCACUUUGUAGUCGUCCCCAAAGUCUUCUGGGAGCAAACCAGUAAACGGGUGCUGACGGCCGAGUUUUGCUGCGGCUGCAAAAUCAACAACGUGGAAGAAAUCAAGCAGCAAGGACUGAGUCUGAAAGACACUGCAGAUAAACUGAUCCGGAUAUUUGCAGAGCAGAUAUUCUACACCGGCUUCAUCCACGCCGACCCGCAUCCUGGAAACGUUCUGGUGAGACCAGGUCCGGACAAGAAGGCUGAGCUGGUGCUGCUGGACCACGGCUUGUACGAGUUCCUCAGCCAACACGACAGGGAGGCUCUGUGUAAACUGUGGCGGGCCAUCGUCCUGAGAGACGAGGGGGCGAUGAAGAAGUACUCUGAUGCUCUGGGGGUCAAAGGUAGUGAAGAGUACUUCCUGUUCUGCGAGAUGCUGCUGCAGCGCCCCAUCAACAUGCGGACCCUGGCCCUGUCCAACAUCCUGAGCCGGGAGGAGACGGCCUACAUGAAGGAAAUGGCGCUCAACCGCUUUGAGAGCAUCAUGCAGGUGCUGAAGUCCAUGCCCCGGCCCAUGCUGCUGGUCUUCCGCAACAUCAACACGGUGCGCAGCAUCAACAUCACCCUGGGAGCGCCGGUGGACCGCUACUUCGUCAUGGCCAAGAGUGCGGUGCGAGGCUGGGGGAAGAUCCAGGCGGGGAAGACGGGCAUACUGCCCCGGCUACGGAUCCUCGGCUGGUGCAGGACGACGUGGGAGAGCCUCAAGUUUCAAGUGGCUGUAAGGUCUGAGAUGGCCAUUGUGAGCCUGACCCGGACCUUCCUGAGGCUGCUGGAGGUCUUGGGUCUGGCCACCCUGGACGCAGACGUGUACAACUACCUGACGUAACGCCGCCACGGAGCAGCAGGGGGAGCCGUUCCAAAUGCAAGUGGAUCCGGCCCGCUGGAGCCUCUCAGGGGGUCUUGGGCGUAAGGCACCGCUGGAGAUGGUGCCGAUUUUGUUUUAGAGGCAAAUCCCAGAUCAGCGUCUGGACCAAUCAGAAGACGCUCCGGGUGCAGAGCGUAAAGCACCGAGCGCGCGCCACGACACCCGAGUACCACAACCAAUGAUUUCUUUUCAUUUUGUUUCUCUGUCUGUUUUUUAGAAGAGCAGGAGGGGAACGUUUUAUAUAAGCUGGAUCAUUGUGUUUUAGAAGGAUGUGUCUACGAGCUGAAGAGCAAAAAGGAAAACUAUCCUCCUGGAAUAGAAGUCACUACAGCGAGCCAUAAGACCUCUCAACAAAUGUUAAAGGAACAAUCCACGAAAUAGAAUGCUGUUUUUCACACGCUAAUAAAAUGUUCUACCUCUC